AUGGCUUGUAAGAUUGAUAUCAGAAAGGCUUUUGAUACCUUACGUUGGGAUUUUCUUCUUAAGGUUUUGCGAGCUGGCGGCUACUCUGAAACUUUCAUCAGAUGGAUUGCUAUUAUUCUUCGUUCUGCAAGACUUUCAAUUCUUUAUAACAACAAUCUUUGUGGUUAUUUUCAGUGUUCUAGAGGCGUCAGGCAGGGGGAUCCUUUGUCCCCAAUUUUAUUUGGAAUUGCUGAAGAUGUGCUCAGUGUCCUCUUCCAGAAUUGUGUUGAUUCUGGUAAUCUUGUUCCAAUGAAUUUGACCAGAGGUACUGCUUUCCCUACUCAUCUCCUUUAUGCAGAUGAUAUUUUGGUGUUUGGUCGUGCAACGACUGCGAAUGCUCGUAAGAUCACUCAUAUUUUGGAGUUUUAUGGCUCUAUCUCGGGUCAGAUCUGUUCUAUGGAGAAAUCUCACGUUUAUUUUGGGGACAAGACUCCUAACAGGUUGAGACGUCAUAUCAUUAAUAUUUUAAAUUUCAGGAAGGGUUCUCUGCCAUUCAAUUAUCUGGGCGUGCCUAUUUUCUCUGGGAGGGUCAAAGCCUCUUUCUUGCGUGCAAUUCAUGAUCGGAUUAUUCUCAAGGUUGCCAGAUGGAAGGGCAUGCAGCUUUCUAUGGCUGGUAGAAUUUGUUUGGUGAAGUCUGUGAUUCAGAGUUCUAUUACGCAUUCUAUGAUGGUGUAUCGCUGGCCGAGAAGUCUCAUUAAGGACCUGGAUUUGAAGUGUCGGAAUUUUAUCUGGACUGGCGAUGUUUCCAAGAGACCCAGCUGCCCGGUUCGUUGGGCGAGGGUGUGUGCUAUUAAGGAGGAGGGUGGUCUUGGAAUUCGUUCAUUUGAUUUUAUGAACAAGAGCUACUUGAUGAAGAUGGCGUGGAACAUUAUUGGUGGGCAUUGUUUCAGUCAUCAGAUUAUGCGCAGAACUUCGAUCAAUUUUUGGAAAGAUGAUUGGCUUGGUUACUCUCUUGUGAAGCGCUGUGGUGUCCCGGAUUUCCUUUUGGAGACGCUGACUUGCUCAGUGGCGGAUUAUUAUUAUGAGGGGGUCUGGAGUGGGGAGUCUAUCGAUCAUCUUUUCUGGCAAUGCAGCGAGCUUAGACAUGUUUGGGAGGAGUUCUUGAACUGGUUUAAUUUUAAUGGUGAGCAUGUUGAUAUCCAUGGUUUCUUAGUUGCAGCGUGGAAUCAUAAGCCUAGCUCUCAAGUUCUGACGUACUGGAAGGCUGGUAUUAUUUAUCUUCUUUGGGCUAUUUGGCAUCAAAGAAACGAGUGUGUGUUCAAAGGGAAGGUUUAUAGCAGUCAGCGGUUGCUUCAACACAUUAGGGUUGCUUUUAAAGAAGUUGAAGCUAACUUCAGCAAGUUGGGUUGUAUGAAUAACAGUUGGUCGGAUUAUUUGAUUAUUAGAAGGAUUGGGGUGUCGUCUAGAGCUUCGCCGCCUCCUAUUUUUGUGAAUGUGCAUUGGUGGCCCCCGAUUCUACAGUGGAUUAAGGUCAACACUGAUGGCUCCGCUUUAGGAGCUCCGGGGAAGAUCGCUGCGGGCGGGGUUUUUCGGGAUAAUCACGGUUGUGUCCGUGGGUGUUUUCAUCAAGAUGGCGGCAAAGGGUUUGCCUUUGAAGCGGAGCUUCUUGCGGUCAUUCUCGCGAUUCAAAUUGCGCAUGAGAGGAACUGGCGGUUUUUGUGGGUGGAAUCAGAUUCUACUUAUAUUGUGAAUCUUUUUGGGUGCCGUGGCGCUUCGUGGAGGCUUGGAAGAAGACCUUAG